CAUAAUUUCAUUACGUAUAGCCGAAGAUCAUCUCAGAAUGGUUCGUUGUGCGACACUGUAGUGACGACGGUUGAUGGCCAGAAAUUCGACACUAGAGACCUUGACAAUGACCGAGGGAUGGCAAUGGUGGCUGACUGGUCACUGCCCAUCUUCGAAAUCGCCGAAAAAUACAGUAAGACCGUACUCAGCCGGCUCACAUAUACGGUUUUCAAGCAAGCGGACCUGUUUCGGAUAUUCAAACUGUCGCCAAUUAAAUUUUUCAAUUUUUUUCACGCUUUGGAACGAGGCUACUGGGACAUACCCUACCAUAACCGAGUUCAUGCCGCAGACGUGCUGCACGGCUGUUACUACCUCACCUGCCAUCCUGUUCGUCCACUUAUUGGACCUACCACCUCUCCUGAUUCUCUCCUGCCCCCACCACCUCCAAUGGCUGCUCCGAUCUCGGCUAGUAUGAGCACACUGGAGUUAAUGGCAUUGUAUACGGCGGCCGCAAUGCACGAUUACGAUCAUCCGGGUCGGACGAACGCCUUCUUGGUCGCGGCUGAAGACAAGAAGGCGAUUCUCUAUAAUGAUCGAUCCGUGCUGGAGAACCAUCAUGCUGCAGAAAGCUGGCGAUUACUGCAAUUGGCCGAGAAUAAUUUCAUCGAAACGCUCGACCCAGCUGAAACUAAGCGAUUCAGAUAUCUCGUGUUGGAGUACAUUCUGGCGACCGAUCUUAAGCAGCAUUUCGAGAUUAUUAUGACAUUCAACGAGAAGAGCAGCGAGAUGGAAUUGCAGAAUGAAUCAGAUCGCCUUCUGAUGGCAAAGAUGGUGAUCAAAAUGGCCGACAUCAACAGUCCCACCAAGCCCUAUUCACUUCAUCGGCAGUGGACUGAUCGGAUCUGUGAGGAGUUCUAUGAACAGGGUGAUGAAGAGCGGAGGCGAGGUAUGCCGAUCACCCCCUAUAUGGACCGCGAAGAUGCUCAAGUGGCCAAACUUCAAGAUUCAUUCAUCGCUCAUGUUGUCAGCCCUCUUGCUUUAGCAAUGAAUGAGGCAGGCCUUUUACCCAUUCUGCCGGGCUUAGUAGAACCUGAGAUGAUCAUCAAUCUCAAGCAUAAUCAUCAAAAGUGGUUGCAAGAGAUUGACUCCACGGCUGCAGAGCAAGUGUCCACAAUGGGAAAUGGGGUGAUAGAAGAGGAGAGCUCUACGAGUGACAGUCCUGACAAUCGAAAGUGCAGCCCGUCAUUAGAUUCGGAAGUCGAGGUGAGGCAACUUACUUACUUGAUAUCUUUUGCACUAAAAUGGUGA